AAUCGCCAAAAUAAUCACAUAAAUGGGCUCUUUUUUGAUUCAUUUGACCACAUUGGCGAUCAGCUGAUGAUAAACAGUAAUUUUCAGAACGAUUUCCAUAGAGAAAAAAGAAGACUGAUCCAUACAUUUGUAAAAUUUUGACUCGCGAAUUCGUUUUUUUGCUUAAUUUUCAGUAAUGUCCGAGCUGAGUGGAACGGCAUUUUUUAAGCUGCAACAUUCCAAGUAUCCUUCAUAUUUAAGAUGUGUAAUUGUAUGAUUUUUAAUCAGUUUAUCUCUGUUCAAACAUCAUCGCCAAGGAAGAGUCAUUGAGGUUAAUCAAGACUGCCUCAGGAAUUAAGACUGAAUCGGAAAAUCAGCUGAAUCGUUGAAGGAUUCAAAAGAGCCAUCUAAAAAUCCCCCGUGGGAACAGUUGAUUGGAAAUGGCCUGGAGAGGAGCUGCUACCAACGGUGUCAUGCAUAGAGAUCUGAGAGUUCCUGGACGGAUUGGAUCAGCCCGCUCCAGACCAGCACGUGGGCGUGGAAGCAGAGGAGGUUCCCGUGGUCGCCCUGUCAAAACCGUCCAGAUCAUCCGCAAGGUGGAGUACAGUUCGAGCCUGCGGGAAGAAGAGCCGCCGAUAGACGAGAGGAGCUCCCCGGACGAGCCGAAGAAGAAGUGCAUUCUGCUCAUAGUCAAGAAGAACAAGGACGACGCCCUGCCGAAGCGACCGCGGAUGACGGUGGAGCCCACUCUGCAGCCUCUCCUGCCUGCUCCAGCGCCGAGCCCACCCUCGACCCAACGCAGAGGCCGCUACGUUAAGGUCCGGAAGGAGGCGCUUCAAGCCCUCCCCGAACUCCGCGAACUCAUCCAGUUCCACCGCAGCAAGCACGCUGAACUUUACCAGGAGAACCAACUCUACGACCAGAAAUUAGCCCUCUUGGGAGAGGGCUCCUCCAUACAGCCGAUGGUGACGGCGACGCCCUCGAAGCAAUUCCGGCCUCCACCCCCGCCGACGCCUCUGCCACUGCCCUCGCCGCCGACCUUACCCAAGGGCCCGGGCUAUCUCCUCGCUCUGCGCCAGGAGGCUGAGUGGAACACCCCUCCAUCCAACCACCGCGCUCCACCGUUCCGUCACCCUCUUCCGCCCACCCCUUCCAGGGCCGUCCAGAGGGAGCAUUUCUCCGCAAGGAAAUUGGAGGGAUUCAUCUACGAGGGGGCGCCUCCGGAAUUCCCCCGGCUCCCGGCCUUCGAGGUCCACUCACCCUCCGUGCUCGACUAUGAGUCGGUGACGGUUCUGGACGGAGACUACUCCGAAGCACCGCCGGAAGAUAGCGUUGGUGAUAGUCGGGCGAAAAAGGUUCUCGAGGAGUUCGACUUCCUCGUCUCUCCUGAGCCGCAAGAGUCUGAUGAGACUGGCUAUGAGCCCAACUGCUCGGAGCUGGACUUUGCGAGUCUGGAAAUCGUGCGUGGGGUUGGAGAGGACAUUUCUCCCGAGCCGCAAGACCCAUUUCUAGAGAUUUUCCAGAUUUUUAAGCGCCAGGCCUGUGACCCCUUCCAACAGCCCACGACUUUUAACUCGGGCUCAGAUGCUCGUGGCAGCAGGGUAGGCUCCUAUCUUUUUUGAUCUGGUCCUUCCUAGAGUACGUUCUCUCUAUUAACAGCUAAGGUGAUCUCAAAUCUUCAUUUCAUUUUCACCACGACAAGUAUUAUUCCUUCUUUCUCUCUGCCUCCCGCCCACCUUCUUAUUAAUGCUUUAUCUCCUUGCCAAAUAAAAAUACAGGUGUAAGACUGUAGGGGGGUUAGGGUAAGUAUAAGAACAAUUAGUCACCAAAUAAUAUAAAAUUAUCAAAUUGCUUCGAAAACUGUUGCUCCUUGGGUCUACCUACAUUUCUUCCAAAACCUGUGCUAAAAAUCUCUUUAGAAAAUUUAAGAGCUUGAAUUGAAUUUUUGGACGCUGCAAAUCGGAUUUUAUUGAUAAAUGACUGAGAUAUCUACUGCAAUUAGCUGAAAAUAGCCAGUGUUUUCUCUGGCUCACAAAGUUUAUUGAAAUUUAUUAAAAAUUAUGUGAAGAGUGUCUUGUUGAAUAUUUUCUUUUUAAAUCUUUAUUUUCUGGUUCCAUGAUACUGAACGAAAAUGUAUUACUAUUACCAUAUCCUAGAAAUAUUAUUUUGGACUGUAGUUAUUAUCUCUUAAUUAUAUUUUAUUGACUGAUUAAGAUUUAGGUAAUUUACAAUUUUCUUCUUUUCUACGAAGUGUUCACUGUUCAAUGUUAAUGUGAUUAAGGGUUACUAUGAAUUAAAU